AUGGAUAAUCUUGAUCGAGAUCAAAGACUCGAAGAAAUACAAAGAGAAUAUAUGGACUUUUUAGAUGACAUGGAAGAUCAAGGGAUUUAUACCACUCUUGUUAAAAAUAUGAUUGAAGAAGGCAAUCACAGAUUAUACGUAAAUGUUAACGAUUUACGAAAAAAGAAUCCUGCUCGUGCAGCAAGUCUAUUAAAUAAUUCUUUCGAGGAGCAUCAAGCUUUUCAAAAUGCAUUGAAACAAUUUGUUGCAAGCAUUGACACAGACUAUGCAAAAGAAAAUGUAGAUUUUUUUAUAGCGUUUGAAGGCAGUUUUGGAAACAAACAUGUAACACCAAGAACUCUUACAUCACAUUUUUUAGGUAACUUAAUAUGUGUUGAAGGUAUUGUUACAAAAUGUUCCUUGGUACGACCAAAGGUUGUUAGAAGUGUUCAUUAUUGUAGCACGACAAAGACAGUAAUGGAACGUGCUUACAGUGAUUUUACUUCAUUUGAAGCAUUUCCACAGUCUGCUAUAUAUCCAACUGCAGAUGAAGAUGGUAAUCCAUUAGAAACAGAAUUUGGUCUUUCUACAUAUAAGGAUCAUCAAACAUUAACUAUUCAAGAAAUGCCAGAAAAAGCCCCAACUGGUCAGUUACCAAGAAGUGUGGAUGUUAUAUGUGAUAAUGAUUUAGUAGAUCUUUGUAAACCUGGAGACAGAGUUCAGAUUGUUGGAAGUUUCAGAUGUUUACCUGGUAAACAUGGGGGAUAUACAACAGGAACUUUCAAAACAAUUUUAAUUGCUAACAAUAUUAUGCAAUUAAGCAAGGAAGCUAAUCUAUCUAUCUCUCAUGAUGAUGUUGCUAUGUGUAAAAAACUUGCAAAAAAUAAUUCAUGUAAAAAUAUCUUUGAAUUACUUAGCAAGUCACUAGCACCUUCCAUUCAUGGACAUGAUUAUGUAAAAAAAGCUAUUUUAUGUUUACUACUUGGUGGAGUUGAGAAAUUAUUACCUAAUGGUACAAGAUUAAGAGGAGAUGUUAAUGUUCUACUUAUUGGUGAUCCAUCUGUUGCAAAAUCACAGCUUUUACGUUAUGUUCUGUGUACUGCGCCGAGAGCAAUACCAACUACUGGUAGAGGAUCAUCUGGUGUAGGAUUAACAGCUGCAGUUACAAUAGACAAUGAGACAGGAGAGCGUCGGCUUGAAGCUGGAGCUAUGGUGUUAGCGGAUCGUGGGAUUAUUUGUAUAGACGAAUUUGAUAAAAUGUCAGAUAUUGAUAGAACAGCUAUCCACGAAGUAAUGGAGCAGGGAAAAGUAACAAUUGCUAAAGCUGGAAUACAUGCUAGCUUAAAUGCGCGAUGUUCGGUGCUGGCAGCUGCAAAUCCAGUUUAUGGAAGAUAUGAUCAAUAUAAAACACCUAUGGAAAAUAUUGGUCUACAAGAUUCAUUACUCUCACGUUUUGAUUUAUUGUUUGUCAUGCUAGACAUUGUGGAUUCUGAACAAGAUCAGAUAAUCAGUGAACAUGUUGUUAGAAUGCAUAGGUAUAGAAGUGCAAAAGAACAAGAUGGAGAAGCACUACCAUUAGGUAGUAAAAUAGAUGUAUUAACUACGAAAAAUCCAGACCAAAUUCUUUCUGAGGAAGUAGAAACUCAAGUUUAUCAGAAAUACGAUCCCUUGUUGCAUGGAUUAUUACGUUCUAAAAGUGACCAAAUUCUAACUAUAAACUUUAUGCGGAAAUAUAUUCACAUAGCUCGUUGUAUGAAGCCGAAGCUUACAGAAGAAGCUAGCGAAGUGAUUGCCUCCGAAUACUCGAAGCUAUCGGAAGAAUCAAUAGAUUCUGAUGUAGCAAGGACUCAACCUGUAACAGCUCGAACUUUAGAAACAUUAAUUCGACUGUCUACUGCACAUGCAAAGGCACGUUUAUCAAAAAACGUUACCGGAGUAGAUGCGCAUGCAGCGAUAGAAUUAGUAGAGUUUGCUUACUUCAAACGAGUGUUGGAAAAAGAAAAAAAGAAACGAAAGCGGCUCGAUGGCGAAGAAAGCGCAACUGAGGAAGAUCAGAAUGAAACGACUAAGAAACGUAAAAAGAAAAUACAUAAAACUCCAGGAGAACAAGAUCCAUAUGAUUUUGAAAGCGACGAUGACAGUCACAUAGAUGAAGCUGCGAAAAGAGUCACUAGAUCGCAAACGAAAAUAGCUGGUUCAACUUCACGAUCCGAUCAACUAUCAGUAUCAGAUUCUGAUCAAACUGUAUUACCAGAAACUCCCGCUAUUAUCACUGAAGAAAGAUUGAAGAUUUUUAGAACACUUUUAUAUAAGUUGUUUCAACAAGAAAGGGUACAAUCACUUUCUUUAUCAAGAGCACGUGAAUAUAUCAAUAGUCAACAAAGUCAAGAAUUUACAUCGAGUGAAAUUACCGCAGCAAUUAACAAAAUGUCCGAUGCAAAUCAAAUUAUGGCUGCAGAUGAUAAUAUUUUCCUCAUGUAA